AGUGGGCUUGACGGUCAAAAACUACAUUAUCGGUUCUGUCAAAUUCAGACGGGUGAAACAAGUGAAUUCCUCCUACGGUCUGCAUUUUUAGUGGUCGCCGGGGAAGUACACAGGCUUCGCCGACAUGGGAGGUAGAGAAAGUACGACCAGAAAAGUGUCCUUUGGUCUGGACGAGGAGGAGAAAGUAACCGUCUUGCAAGGAAUUAAGCUCUCUGAAGAUGUACUGCAGAGGAUGAGGGAGCCGUCUCAACCGUCAGACACACAACCACCACCAAAAACUGAGAGUCCGAAACCAGACCCUGGGCCUCCCAGACCUUCCCCGGCAGAGAUGCAGGAGGAGCUGAGGAGGAGGUUUGAGCGAGAGCAGGCAAGGGUGAGAGAGGAGCUGGCUCGCAUCGCUCAGAGAGAGAGAGACGCACUCCCAGACGACAUGAGCCCAGCUGUGCUGAGAGAGAAAGCCAAGACUAGAGAGCAGCUGGAGAAGGCACAGGUCCUGUCUAAACAGCUGGAGAGGAAAGAUGCUGAACUGAAACAUCUGGCCGCUUUCUACAAAGAGCAGCUCCAGCUGAUGGAGAAAAAGAACAUGGAGCACUACCAACAGGCAAGUCAGAUGUACAAUGAGGCGGCCACCAAAGCGGAGGUCCACAUCAAGCCCCGGCCUACAGUUCCCAUCUGCCCUGAGCUACAGGCGCAGGUGCUCAGCUGCUAUAAGGAGAACAGACACCAGAGUCUGCACUGCUCAGAGCUGGCCAAGGAGUACAUUCACUGUAUCCACUCAGCCAAGAAGAACCUGAUGGUGAACCAUGGAUGAAGAGGACGACAGAAGAGAGGACACAAGAACAGCUCCCAGCGCUCCAAACACCACUCACAACCUCCAGUCCAUGUGUGUGUGUGUGUGUGUGUGUGUGUUUCAUAUAGACUGUAGUUUUGUAGAGUGUGUUAUCAUGCAGGGGAAUGUGUGUGUGUGUGUGUGUGUGUGUGUGUGAGUGUGUGUGUGUGAUUGGUGUGAAGGCAGCGCAUCUUUGAAAAUAAAACAUGUGCAGCAGCUCAGCUAUCAGUGGAGGGACAGAGUCUUUGUGAUCCAGCACCACACUGGCAUUUUAAUGAAU